CCCCACACAAACCCGGGGGGGGAGGAUGAUGGCCAUCGUGCCCAGAGGUCGGGCUCCCAUGGUGGCCGUGUUGUGUGGAGGCUCCAGACUGUGUGGCUUCAAGGUGUUGGCAUUGCCUGCGGUGGUCCAGGCGGUGCCCCAGACUGGGACCUCACUGCCCCCCCAGCGAUGGAGAUCCUCCACCUCCUCCAUGACGGGCUAUUCCGAGUUGGCCAGAGAGAGGUCCAAGACAGUCACCUCUUUCUACAACCAAUCUGCCAUAGACGCAGCAGCAGAAAAGGUCGAGGAAAUUCCGUCUGUCCGUCUGACGCCCACCACCAUGCUGUAUUCAGGGAAAACCCCAGAUGGGUCUCAUGUUCUGAGCAGUGCCCGGUAUCUCUAUAAUGAAUUGCCGGUCCGUAUCGCCCACCGCAUUAAGGGAUUCAGAAGCCUUCCUUUCAUCAUCGGCUGCAAUCCCACUAUCCUACAGGUGCACGAACUGUACAUCAGGGCAUUUCAGAUGCUGUCAGAAUUCCCAACCAUCACGGACAUGAAGACGGAGGCUCAAUAUUGCAAGAUGAUUCGCCAACUGCUGGAUGAUCACAAGGACAUCGUCACCAUGUUGGCCGAGGGCUUCCGGGAAUGUCGCAAACACAUCCAGGAUGAGUCUCUUGUCCGCCUUUUCCUGGACAACACCCUGACCUCACGGCUGGGAAUCCGCAUGUUGGCCACACACCACCUGACGCUACACGAGGACAAUCCAGACUUUGUAGGAAUUAUCUGCACGAGACUCUCUCCGAAGAGGAUCAUUGAGAAAUGGGUUGAUUUUGCCGGGCGGCUGUGUGAGCAUCAGUAUGGGAACUGCCCUCGGGUGCGGAUCAACGGACACGUGGCAGCCAGGUAUCCCUUCAUCCCCAUGCCCCUGGACUACAUCCUGCCUGAGCUACUGAAGAACGCGAUGAGGGCUACGAUGGAGAGUCACCUGGACACACCCUAUAAUGUGCCGGAUGUCGUAGUAACGAUUGCCAACAACAAUAUCGAUUUCAUUAUCAGGAUCUCGGACCGUGGCGGUGGCAUUGCUCACAGCAUCGUGGACAAGGUGAUGGACUAUCACUUCACCACGGCCGAGGAGAGCACACAGAACCCCAGGAUGAACACCUUCUUCGGGAAUAUCCUGAACAGCGGCCCACAGUCAGGACCCAUGCACGGGUUCGGCUUUGGCUUGCCCACCUCCCGAGCCUACGCCGAGUACCUGGGAGGAUCCCUCGCCAUCCAGUCCAUGCAGGGCAUCGGGACAGACGUUUACCUGCGGCUCCGACAUAUCGACGGGAACGAGGAGAGCUUCCGCAUCUAACUUCCCAUCGGGUUCAGCUCCCUCUUCUGAGCCCAGGGACACUGUUAUGACGUGGGGUGUGGUGGGCCACUAAUCCACCCUGGACGGCACCCACCACCACCACCACCAUCCGACUCUCGCUCACUCUGAAGAACUGGCCUCGGAGAGAUGAGUUGUUGACAGAGGCUGUUGUCAGUGAAACCAUCUGGAUUGGCUUGUGUUACCUGAGGGUGGUAAUUACGAUGGACAAUGAAGGCAAAGUGACUUGGGAACAAGUUCCGCACCUUUACUCGCCUUUAACUUUGGCUAAGAGGCAGGAGAGGUUUUUUUUUACUAACGUUGUCAGGAACCCGGCUGUUUGCUGCGUUAGUCAGUUCUGUAGAAUCCUUUGCCGGCACUGCCAUCUCCUGGUACAACCCGGGAACGUUAAUUUCAGUGACUUCAUUACGCAUUCGUCUGUUCGUUGUUGGCGUUUUGAAGUGGACAGAGAGCGAGAGACGGAGAGAGCGAAAGAAGCAGAAUCGAGCCCCGCAAUUCACCAGGAAGCCACUUUUUAAGAGUUUUGUAAGAAGACUUUUGUUACCACAUGAUUCAGUAGUUUUCUGAUUAUUAACCUUUUGUACACGUUUCACAGUAACUAUUGCCACAGUGAGAUUGGAGGCCUGUGACGGUCGCACGUUAUUCACCGAAUCGGCAGUUAUAAAGCCGGUCAGCAGGAGGCGCUGUCGGCACCAGAGACUGACAGCUGAACGUGUGGAAACCAGGGAACCACUACUCGCUCUCCGACUCUGUGUGUUACAUAACGCUUCACCCACAAAGCACACAGUCAAUGCACUUUGCAGUACAUUCUGUGAAGCGCUUUGAGACGUCUCGACGACAUGAUGAGGUGCUAAUAAUCAAAUGCAAAGAUUAUUAUUAUUAAACAAAGCUUAAAAUGACACCAGGAGUUAACUGAACAGAACAUAUCUGGUCUUAAUUAAACACAGUAAGCUUUAAAAUUUGUUUUUAUUGUAUUGAACAUUUUUGGUCAGUAACUGAAAUAUGUCUAGUGACGUAAAUCAGGCUAUUCAGUUACCUUAUUCAACACAUUAAACUGUUAGCAUUUUACACACAACCUUUAUUUUAAUUCAGUCUAUGUUAAAUUUAGGAAACAAGUUGGACAGCGGUUUACAAUGAAAUUGUGUUUCAGUAAAUUGACAGGAGAUGAGUUGAUUUGAUAGUUUCCACGCUGAUGUGGAAUUGUUGGUUAUUAUUGAGUCAGUUACUAAAUUCCUGGUAAAGGUUGAUAAUUUUCAUGUGACACGGCCCAAUGCCAAUUGGUGAUUCUCAAAUCAUCACCAGUGUGAGUGAGGUGUCUGUGUAUAUAGAUUAGUAAUAAUCAAUGGGGAAAUGUUGUGGGGAUUCACACCAAAGCAUUGUUUGAAGGUUUAAUAUUCACCUGCAUUAUAAACGGCCUGGAGUCAGCAAACACAAUGACAUUGCUGUAUGGAGGGACAGUAGAACAAAGUGGAACUGUAUCACACACAAGCAUUAAAAACACCACUUCACGAGUCCCCCUUCAGUACUGUGUUGGGCUGUUAAACACAUGUAACCUCCAGGCUUACAUUUGUCUGUGCUGUUAAGGGCUAUCCUCAUCCAAUAGCAUUAUUAGCUAAUUUGCACACAUUCUCUAAAUGGCUUGUUCACUUGAUGCCCAUUUGCAGAUGGUUCCAGUGUGGAGGUGUUUGUUCAGCGGAUGCUUUUGCCUGAAAGGUGUACAAGUGAUUGUGAAUGAAAAGGUAUUAAUAAAAUUUGGUGGACUGAA